AUGUAGAAAAAAAAUGAAGAUUUUCAUGAUGAUUUCACAUAAAUUGACGAAGAUGAAAAUGAAAGCAGCAAAAACGUUUUUUCUAACAUGAAGAAGCUAGGAAAUAGUCAAUACUUUUCUAAUCCUUCAAGGCUGUAAAAAUAAAAAAUACCAGAUUUUGAACCUCGCUCUAAUGAUUUGAAUGCAAUCGUAUCUAAUCAAUCGCUGAACAGCUAAGCAUAUAAAUCGAUUGGCUCAAUUUAAUAUCCAAACUCUUAAAGUACUACAAAUGAAUAUGAUAAAAAAAUAUCUUUUUAACAACCUUCUUAUAGAAAUGGUUCUUAGCCAUAAAUAUAUUAAUAGCUAGGUGGCAUGUAAAAUUAAAAUCAAUCUUUAAAUUUAAUAGAAAUGGGUAGCGAUAGUAAACAUUAGGCGUACCAUCAUAUUAAAAACAGCAAUCAUAUACAUAUUAAAGGAUACGAAGAAGAAAAUAUAAAUGAUAAUGAUUAUAGUAGCUCUGAGUUUGAUGUUAGUGAAAAUGAAGCUGUAGGACCUUCUUAUAAUAUUAACUAGUCUAUACUUAAUCAGUACAAAAAUACAUUUUUUAACUAAAAGAUUAAAGAAUUUAAUGAAAGGAAAGCUCGUUGUCAUACUCUUUUACCAAAAUAAGCAUAAAAGUAUUUUAGAGAUUAAAAAACUACUAAAAGUUAUAUUGAGCAUACUCCUAAGAAUAUAAAUGAUGGGUCUAUAUAGGUUUAAAGUAUAAAAGCUAGUAAUUCAGUAAAGCGGUUACAAGAUAGUUCAUUUGAUGAUCUUUAAAAAUAAAACUUUUCUGUGAAAGGAGUAAGAAAUAAAAGUGCAUUUUAGUAGCGUACAAAUAGCGAUGAGAACUUAAACUAAAACAAUUAUGAAUACAAUAAUAAUUAGAUAUUAAUAAAACAGGGUGUUUCAAAUGAUAUUAAAAUAUAAUAGCAGUAAUAAUUGUAAAACUAAAUAGCCUAAGUGUUACCUUAAAGUGUAUUAGAUGCUAAUAAAUUUAAUUUAAGUUUUAGUAGCCAGCAGAAUAAUUUAUUGUAAUAGAAGAAACAGAAUAUUUAAAGUUAAGAUAAUGUUAAAGAUACAUCUUCAAAAAUCAAUGGAAAUGGCUCUAAGUUUUAACAGCAUAAUAUUCCUAAUACCUAGACUAAGAUAUCUCCGAAUGAAUUGAGUAAAAUUCUACAAAAUAAUAGCAAUCAAUAACCUAAUUAAAAAUAAGUUAAUAGUUCUUCUAUUUAAACAACAUCUGCAUCUUAAUUUUCUAUAACACAAGCUAAUCAGGCUUAAAAAAGUAGUAAUUCUUCAAAUAGACCGACUUCUUUUUCAUAUGGGAUAAACAAAUAAAUAAAAGAAGAAUCCAUUCAAAAGCAAGUUAUAAAAUCGUAGUAAGUUCAAGCUAAGUUAGAAGAAUAAUCCAAAAAUAUAGAAGAAAAAAAGGCAGCCUUCUAAGAAUAGCUUUAGAAAAAAUUUAAUAACGCUCAAGCAUAAAAUAAUAAUGAAAAUAAAAACUUAUAAAAAAAUAAUUUUUAAGAAACAAAUAACAUAUAAAAUUAAACCUAUUUAAACAAUAAAUAAAAUUAAUUGACAUAAAAUUAAAAUAACAAAUAAAUUGUUUCAAACUAAUAAAUUUAAAGCUAAAACUAAUUUGUAGGAAAUGAUACAAACUCUAAAUUUUCUAGUAUUAUUUCUCCUAAUAUAAAGUAAGAGCAGUUUUAAGACAUCGACACUCUUAAUGUUAAUUAAAUACAAUAUAAUGUUCCCAAUAAUUUAGCUAACAGUAUUUCUGACUUAGGUCUAGAUGCUUAAUCUAGAUCAUCUAUUUCGCAAAAAUAUGGGUUAGAAAAAUAAUCCAGCUUUAAAAUGCAACAAUUACAGAAUAAUUUUAGUAAUCAGUAAUAUUUGUAAGCAAAUGAUGCAUAUUAACGUAAAUCUAAAAAAUCUUUAUAAAACGAUCAUGAUUUGUUGGCUUUUCCUGAAAAUGAGACUUUUGUGGGUACAAUUAAUACAAUUGAUGUUAAAGUUGAUACUCAAACAGUAAAAACAGCACAAGUGGUAGAUAAAAAAGAAUAAAAUAGACUUAUAGAUAGUGAAAUAUAUGAUUCGCUUGUGAGAGCUAUUUUUUAAAGCAAUAUUCAACUAGUUGAAACAAUUGUUAAGAGAAUUAUAAAUGAAGAAAGGUAUCAUUUAAUUAAUAAAGUCGAUGAAAAAGGUAAUACUCCUCUACUGCUUGCAGUCAAACUAUCUUAUUCUAAUCCAAAUUAUUACAGUAUCAUAAAAAUAUUGCUCAAGCACGAUGCAGAUCCACGAAUUAGAGACAGAUAAGAUUGGAGCUGUUUUGAAGAAGUAGUUUCUCAGAAAGACCAUUAAUUAGCCAGCUUACUUUUCGAAAAUCUCAUUAACUUUAAAAAAAAAGCUUUACUUUAGUAAAAAAGAGAAAUUGACAAUUUGUUGCUCUCAGAUGUUCCAGAUUUUUAUAUGGAGAUGAAAUGGGAAUUUGAGAGUAAUAUUAUUCCAUUUGUGUCUAAACUUGCACCUUCAGAUACAUUUAAAAUCUGGAAAUAUGGAAGGUCUGUCAGGUGUGAUAGCACAUUUGCUGGAUUUUAAAAGUAUCGCUCUAAGAGAAGAGCUUAAUCGCUACUUUUUAAUUGUCUGAACUUGAACUAAAAAUAAGUAAACAUUUAAACGGACUUUGAUUUUUUGACGAUUGUUCAAAAAGAAGAAAAGACUUUCCAUUUCCCUCUCUAAGAAGUAGACCUUGAAGAAAAGAAAAAAAUUGUUUAAGAUCUCUUAAACUCUACAGAUAGCAUUUAAGGAAAUCUUAAGAUAGAAAAAACUACUAUAAAUUAAAGUAAAUCCUUCUUUGGAUCAAAACAAAGUCACAAAAUAUAAGGCUACACAUGUGAUAAGUAUGAUUUAUAGCUAAGAUAUAGAUAUAUGAUCUUUAAAAAAACAAGAAUACCAUUCCUUAAAAACUACGAAAAGUAUAUUAGCAGCAACUGCGAUUUAUCUCCUACCAAAUCUGUUGUUAGUCCUAACGAAGCUUCUUACUUAAGUGAUAGGAGAAAUGAGAGUAUGUACAAUUAGCAGCAGCUGAGUUAUUAGGUGAGCAUGAAAGAUAUUAAAAUUAAUGGAAUGGAUAACGGUAAUCCUUUUGAAGUUAAAAUAACUGAGACUAACAAAAAUGAAAUCAAAAAGUAAACACUAGGAUUAUAUGUUUCUGAAGACUUUCCUAUAAAAUUUAAAGUAUUUAUGCCACUUUUGUAAUUUUUAAGCAAUGGCAAUUAACUUUUGAUGAACCUCUAUGAAGUUUUCAAAGAUUAGUAAGUAAAUGAUGUACUAAUUAAAAAAGGUUUUCCAGUAAAAGUAUAAAUCCCUUUAAGUUACUCAAUUUAUGCAAAUAUAACUUUCUCAGCAUUUAAGCCACUUAGUUGUUAUGAGAAUGAAAAUGUCACAUAAUUAUUUAACAUACCAAAUGAUUCAGUUUUUGCAAACAGAAAAUAAAAAUAAAAUACAAUGAUAAAAUAGAAAAAAAGAUUGAUGCUAGCUAAUUUAUAUUUAUCAUGA